AUGUCUGGAAGAAACUACUUUGACAGCAGCUUCAUCGGACGACAAAUCACCUUCGAUACUCCUGCCCCGACAACCUGGGUCCUGGCAGAGAAGGUCAAGGAGGAUGUUAACCAGCUCACCCACGAUGGGUUUCUCAGCGGCGUCGGCGCCUCCUACGCGAUCGCCAGUUUCAACUGCUCCAACCGUGACAAUCCUGCACAGCAAGCUCUAAUGCGAGUUUAUAUGCAAAUUCCCAGCAAGGGAACCGAGUUUGACUCAAGCAGCCACCGAGCUGAGCAGGUCUCAGACAAGCUUUCUUUCAGAGCACGGACCGAGUGGGAAUGUCUUCGACGACUCACUGCUGCUAACAAUGAAAAUAUCCCGACGCUUCUUCACUCCGGACAGGUCACUCAAGAUAACGAGGGGCUUGUGCCUGGGGGUUACAUCCUUUGUAUGGCUCUCAAUCGAGCUCCCGGUGUCUGUCUUGACUCUAGAGUAGAAGGCCGACCGAGAAAAUCCUUCUUUUGGUCCAUGUCAUCGGAAGAUCAUGAGCGGGUUCGUCAGGAGUUCAAAAACGCAUACAUUCCAGCCAUGGCUGCGACCGAAGAUCUUGCAGAAGCUACCACCGAGAAUUAUACGAACUUCACACAAGGGGAGCCAAAUAUUGCUCCGGUCAAAGACAAGAACCUGAAGGCGAUCACUUGUCAUCCAUUCGGCUUACAAGAAUGGAAAAACGUCUUCAGUAACUGUGUGCGAGACACGAAAAGGUUCCUGAAGACCAAACCGGAGAAGAAGUGGACACCGGGCAUGCCUAUGACCUGGAGUCAGUCAAACACUACCGAGUGGCCGUUCUCAAGGGGCCUUGAUGACCCCGAGACAACGAUGUCGCCUAACUACACAAAGGUCGACGAUCUCCAAGUUUCACGGCUCAUAGUGUCCGCUUAUUCUUCGAAAAAGUUAAAGAACACGUUAAAAAUAGAGUACAAACAUGACUUUGAUGCCAAUGGGGCCCCGCGAAGAACGAGAAUGCUUGCCGCUAUAAGGACUAAGACUAUCGUGUGA